AUGGGGAGCCUUCCCACUCUGACUAUGGACAGGGUUCUGGCUACUCCCCAGGGUUCAGCCUCAGACAACGCUUCCACCAACACCAUAUGUGCUGCUGCACCCUUGCAGAAGUGGCAAGGUAUCCCACAAUGCAUUGCAUCACCAGUAGUAAAUGGCAAAGAUCAGCUCAGGUUGGCAGGUCCCGGAUCAACUCAGUGCUCUGGAAGAGUUGAAGUCCAUCAUAACAAUACCUGGGGAACGGUCUGUGAUGACAGCUGGGGCAAAGAUGACGCUGAAGUGGUUUGUCGACAGCUGGGCUGUGGUCCGGCCCUCAGCGCACCAUCUUCUGCUCAUUUUGGUCAAGGAACUGGUCAAAUCUGGUUUGAUGACGUGAACUGCUUAGGCAAUGAAAACUCUCUAACCAGCUGUCAGCACCGAGGGUAUGGGAUACACAACUGUGGACAUGGUGAGGAUGCUGGUGUUGUCUGUUCAGGUUCGGUGAUCAGAUUAAGUGGAUCAACCUCAUGUUCUGGAAGAGUUGAAAUCUACAACAGCACAUGGGGAACAGUCUGUGAUGACGGCUGGGAUCUAGCUGAUGCUCAGGUGGUCUGCAGACAGUUGUCCUGUGGGACAGCACUAGAAGCCACUUCGUCAGAUGUUUUUGGUGAAGGAACUGGUCAAAUCUGGCUUGAUGAGGUGAACUGUUUAGGCAAUGAAGACUCUCUAACCAGCUGUCAGCACCCAGGGUAUGGGAUACACAACUGUGGACAUGGUGAGGAUGCAGGUGUUGUCUGUUCAGGUUCGGUGAUCAGAUUAAGUGGAUCAACUUCAUGUUCUGGAAGAGUUGAAAUCUACAACAGCACAUGGGGAACAGUCUGUGAUGACGACUGGGAUCUAACUGAUGCUCAGGUGGUCUGCAGACAGUUGUCCUGUGGGACAGCUUUAGCAGCCACUUCGUCAGCUGUUUUUGGUGAAGGAACUGGUAAAAUCUGGCUUGAUAAUGUGAACUGUUUAGGCAAUGAAAAUUCUCUAACCAGCUGUCAGCACCCAGGGUACGGGAUACACAACUGUGGACAUGGUGAGGAUGCUGGUGUUGUCUGUUCAGAGAACCUUCCAAAACCGACCAUCUUUGUAAGCCCUGUUGCUGAGCUUACCUGGGGUCAACAAGUCAGCAUCACUUGUGCUUCUGCAAUUCAACUUUUAGAUGGGACUUUUAUUCUCCAAAAUACUUUAUACCCAUUCAGAAUGAAUCAGUCAUCUGGUUCCACCUCUGCUACCUUCAGGAUCCCUAAAGUGACCCUUGAUCAUCAUGGAGAAUUCCAGUGUCAGUAUGAGAAAAGGAUUUCAAGCCAGACCUUCACCUCCGUCCUCAGUGACUCGAUCAAUCUUACUGUGCAUCUGCUGAGGCCCAAUAUUUCUCUGACAUCCCCAAAUGUAGGGGUGGUCUGGGGACCUGAAGAAGCAGAGGUUACCUGGGGUUACCGCUUCUCCUUCACUUGCUCCAUUAACCCAAACCAUCCUCAGGGAAAUUUCUCUCUCAUCUUCUCUGGCUCCAACAUAACAGAAACCAAGCCAGCAGUCAACAGCUCAGCUUCCUUUACUUUCCCAACGGCUGCCUUUGAACACCAGGGCAACUACAGCUGUGUGUAUGUGGUUUUACAGUCUACACGCAGAUUUAGUUCUGCUGAGGCAGUACCUAUUCGUCUUGUCAUUAAGGGCUCUUCACAGAUGCUGCUAUACUCACUAUCUGGUGGAAUCCUGCUCCUGGUCCUGCUGGUGUUUCUAGGAGUCUGCCUGGGCUGCAGAAGGAGACAUUGCACUAAACAGCCUCGAGCAUCUGACCAAAACCAAAUGACUGCACAGAAGUUUAACACACAAGACCAUGAGAAAGAUUGGGACGACUAUGAGAAUGUUGACAUCAUGCUCUCAACAAAGAAACUGGAGGUGGACAAACAGUCAAGUAGUGAUGAUGAUCAUGAUUAUGAGGAAGCAGGCCCUAAUUUAAGUCAAAUCAAAGAAGAACUAAUAUAUGAAGAAUAUGAGAAAAGCUCUGAAGAGGAAGACAGUGACUAUGUGAAUGUUAGUGUACCCUGAAAAGAAAAUAUGGUGCAAAAUCAAGUAUGUGAAAAUGCGUAUAAACAAUGAAAAAUCAAUACCAGUAAAAGGAAACUGCAUUGAAUAACUGGUAUUAAAAAAAAUCGAGUUAGAUAUUU